AUGUGGAAAAUCGUAACUGAAGUAAUUGCGCACAUGUCUAAUGAGCCAGUAGCUGGACCAUCGGGCAUACAGAAAGAUGUUAACGAUUUCUUGGUUGAAACUGUAAGACCUCUGCCAAAAACUCCACCACGAGCUCCAUCUAAUCGUAAACGGGCCAGAAAAUCUGCUACACUCAGUGAUACACCAGAAAAAAUUGCUUUGGAAAAAUAA